CCAAAAUGAAUACUUUAAGUCCAACUAUGAACAUGCCAUCUUCUUUUAUUGGAAGCCAAGAAUUCUAUCAGCCAUGGAACAUGAACCAACAGCAAUUCAUCCCAGACUUGAACACUCUUACUUCAGCCAUGGCAGUAGGCCAAGAACCUCAGAGCAGUAGUCUGUCCCAACUCAACACCUACUUGGAGCUUGCAAACUUUUCUAACAAGUACUGCUUCUGAAUUCCAUCUGAACCAGCCCAGUUCCAACCUCCCAUGGAGAUGGCCCAAGUUCAACAUCAGGCUGUUUUAAAGCAAGCGAAUUCUUGCGGAAAGCCUGAGAAGAAAGAAGAACUUUACCUAAAGCUUCUUGCUGACUUCAAGUACAACACUAUCACAAAGUACGACGAAGUCAAAGAGAAAGAAGUUCUCGAGUACCAAUGUGGCUAUGAAGGCUGCAGGAAAGUGCUUCAGAAGCCUUGGAACUUGCUUGAUCAUCUAAGAAUGCAUGAAGGUGUGAAGCCUUUUGAGUGCAACUGGUGAGGCAAGAGAUUUACUCAGAAAGGAAAUCUGAAGAAACAUGUGAGACAACACGAGAACCCUGACGUGAAAAACAGAAAGAGAUACUCAUGCAGGUUCUGCAAAAGAGGCUAUACAGAACGUUACAACUUGAGGACACACAUUGCAAAGAAGCAUCAAAACAAGUGUAAGAAAUAAACUGAAGGCAGAGGUAGAGGCAGAGACUCUAGUGACUUCAGAGGCCUCUUUCCUAAAACCAUAAUUGAUACUAAAAUUUAAUAAAA